GCAUACCAAAACUGCUCGCCAGCAAAGGUUUGCCUCUGAGGCGAGCCAGCCCAGGGCCCUCUGCUCGAUUGUGUUAGCAUUUCUUUAUUUUUUAAGGACAACAAGGACGAGAGAAUAGCUGUGGUUCGCAUUACAAAUAAACCAAAGGGGGAGAAGAAGGAGAGAGAGAGAGAAGCCUUGAGGCGAGGUCGGGGCAGACCUACAAGACUGGGCAAAAAUAAAUAAAAACCACCUAUAUGAAGAGGGGGAAGAGAUGAAGAUUGGGCUGCUGCUGCUCCUUUGUCUGCUCAGCCUCUCCACAGAUCCUAUCUCCGGCCGCCUUCACUGAGGAGCCGAGCGGGAGAGAGCGCGCGCGCCUCGGCUUCCCGAAGCGGCGUUUGAGCGGGAAUUUCGGAGCGGCGGCGGCGUCCUCGGAGCUGGGUGCUGCCGGAGACGGGCCCCUCGGUGCCACUUCCGACUUUAAGCCUUCCUGGGAAAGCCCUCGGUGGCUGUUUUCAAUUUCUUCGCCGAAGACGCAGCGCCCUCCCUCAGCUCCGCUCCCCACAGCCACCCCACCUCUCUCUCUCUCUCUCUUACACACACACACAGACACUCGCUUGGCAGGCACAGCCCGCGGCAGCAGCAGCAGCAGCAACAGAACUCAGUCCAGCCAGUCUCUCGCUCGCUCGCUCCUCAGCCACCCUUUGCUCUCAACUCGGAUUUGCCCUCCAGACUCAGCUGCGCUUCUCGUCUGCUGUUCGAGGGGGACUUAAAAAAUAAAAUAAAAAGUAUAAAAACUUUUUUUAAAAGCCAAACCAGGGCAGGUUAGAGAGAGAGAGCGCUUUUCACCCAGGAAUAAUAAUAAAAACCAAAACAAAACUAUGUGAGCAACGGUGGUUGGGCUUUAAGUUAAGCGCAAGCGUGAAGGCAGCCCAUAAUACUUGGUGGAUGCAGCAAAGCCGUUCACUGUGCAAAAGUCCCAAACCAGUUCAGAUGUUGCUGUUUCAUCCAUUUGCAGGUCUAUGGAAAUGCAGGAUCUAGCCAGCCCUCAUAGUCGACUAAGUGGUAGUAGUGAAUCUCCCAAUGGUCCAAAACUUGAUAAUUCUCAUAUAAAUAAUAAUUCCAUGACACCCAAUGGCACAGAAGGUGACAUGACUCUGCUCAGCACUGCAGACUGGUUGUUAAAUACUAAUACACAGACCACUGCAGGUUUGUGUAGUAACGUUAAAACAGAGCCAAUGAGCAGCAGUGAGAUUGCUACUACAACAGCGGACGGGUCUUUAGACAGUUUUUCAGGAUCAGCAAUUGGAAGCAGUGGCUUCAGCCCAAGACAAACUCACCAGUUUUCCCCACCACAGAUAUACCCGUCCAACAGGCCAUACCCUCAUAUUCUUCCUACUCCUUCUUCCCAAACGAUGGCUGCAUAUGGGCAGACCCAGUUUACCACAGGGAUGCAACAAGCCACAGGUUAUUCAACGUACCCACAGCCUGGUCAGCCCUAUGGAAUCCCAUCAUAUGGUGCAUUGUGGGCAGGCAUCAAGACAGAAGGCGGAUUAUCACAAACACAGUCACCAGGACAGACAGGCUUUCUGAGCUAUGGUGCAAGUUUUAGCGCUCCCCAGCCAGGACAGGCUCCAUACAGUUACCAGAUGCAAGGAAGCAGUUUCACAACAUCAUCUGGAAUAUAUGCUGGAAACAAUUCACUUACAAAUUCUACGGGAUUUAACAGUUCGCAACAGGAGUAUCCUUCUUACCCCAGCUUUGGCCAAGGUCAAUACGCACAGUAUUAUAACAGUUCUCCAUAUCCGUCGCAUUAUAUGACAAGCAGCAAUACCAGUCCAACAACCCCUUCUUCCAAUGCGACAUACCAGCUUCAAGAACCACCAUCUGGCAUCACAAAUCAAGCAGUUGCAGAUCCUACAGCAGCAGAGUACAGUACAAUCCACAGCCCAGCAACACCCAUCAAAGAUUCUGAAGCAGAAAGGUUGCGUCGCAGCUCAGAUGGCAAAUCACGUGGUCGAGGCAGAAGGAAUAAUAAUCCUUCACCACCGCCUGAUUCCGACCUAGAGAGAGUAUUCAUUUGGGAUUUGGAUGAGACAAUCAUCAUUUUCCAUUCCUUGCUUACAGGAUCCUAUGCUAACAGAUAUGGGAGAGACCCCCCUACUUCUGUUUCCUUGGGACUGAGGAUGGAGGAGAUGAUUUUCAACUUGGCAGACACACAUCUAUUCUUUAAUGAUUUAGAAGAAUGUGACCAAGUUCAUAUUGAUGAUGUUUCAUCAGAUGACAAUGGCCAGGACUUAAGCACCUAUAACUUCGGAACAGAUGGCUUCCCUGCAGCAGCUACCAGCGCUAAUUUAUGCUUAGCAACGGGUGUGCGUGGAGGAGUGGACUGGAUGAGAAAACUGGCCUUUCGAUACAGACGAGUAAAAGAAAUCUACAACACCUACAAAAAUAAUGUUGGAGGUCUUCUGGGUCCAGCAAAGAGAGAAGCAUGGUUGCAGCUUAGAGCAGAAAUUGAAGCUCUUACAGAUUCUUGGUUAACACUUGCACUAAAAGCACUCACACUAAUUCACUCUAGGACAAAUUGUGUGAAUAUUCUAGUGACGACUACUCAGCUUAUUCCAGCUCUUGCAAAAGUCUUGCUAUAUGGCUUAGGUGUAGUAUUUCCAAUAGAAAAUAUUUACAGUGCAACUAAAAUAGGAAAAGAAAGCUGUUUUGAGCGCAUAAUUCAAAGAUUUGGAAGAAAAGUAGUAUAUGUUGUUAUAGGAGAUGGUGUGGAAGAAGAACAAGGAUCAAAGAAGCAUGCCAUGCCAUUCUGGAGGAUCACAAGUCACUCUGACCUUAUGGCCCUUCAUCAUGCCUUGGAACUGGAGUACUUAUAGUAGCACUUUGUAACCCCAGAACUUCCCUUGCGCCCAUGGACAGUGUGCCUGCAACUUGUGUCAUUGCUGGGCUACAGAAAUUUGUGAUUUCAUCAUGUUGAUGUACAGCUGCAACUGGUCUCAACCUUUGCCCUAGCAGUAAAUGGAGGAGCAUGUCUCUUGUCUUCAGAAACAGCUGUUGAUUCUAGUACUGUGAAUCUAAUGAAAACAAGCCAUGAUGAGAAUGUUUAACAGUGUGUCAUUAUCACAUUCACCACAUUGAAAGGUUCGUACCUGUGAAGAGACUGGGAAGUGCUUUGUGGUUUCUAGAAUCUUCAUUGUGGCGCACAUACACCUUCUUAAAUACAGCAAACUUGAUUGCACAACAAAGACUGAGCUUUUUUCUUUCUUUUUAAGAAUCCCAUGCAUACAUUUCUUGAAAAGGUUUACCUCCCCCCCCCCCCUUUCUCUCUCCCUCUUUUAGUUUCUCAGACCCAGGAUACUCUGUGAAUCUUUACUUAUUUAUGAACAGACUCUGUUUUGGCACCAUCACCUAAAUGUGGAAAUGUAUGAUAAAUGAAAGGCUGUAAUGAGUGUUUGCCUUCUGAUAACAAAUUGAUUUUGAAUUUUAGUACAUUGCAAAGUAGUUUAAAGUAUGACUAAUUUAAGCAAAUAGGUACAUCACUGAGACAAUCAUGUACAGGAAGAAUGUUUUGGUGUAAAUUUGUAAUGAAUGGAUGAUGUUUUACAUAUUGUUUAGGCAAAUACUAUUGAAAGGUAGUAUUGGCUUUUUGGUGAAGUAUGAGGCAGUGUAUGCACAAACUAUUGUGCUGUGCCUUAUGAAAGUAUUGUGUAUAAAUAUGUAGAUAAUUGAUUUUUUUUUUUAGAUCAAUUUGUCAAGACCAAAAGCAUGGAUGUCAAGUGUCAAUAAGGAAUCACUUUUUAUUCUCUGUUCUUUCUUCUGGUUUUUUCAUGGGCAAAUCUAUAAUAUCUAAACAUACCUCCCCUACUUGCACCAUGCCCAUCACGGGCUUCUUGUUUACAUUUUGUACUUGCCUAUAAGUGCAAAAUAUAUGGGCCUCAAAUCAGGUUAGAAUGGUUUACCUGUUUAAAUUGCCAGUUUUCUUGACAAAAUACCUAUGUAUGAUGAAGGCUUGAUCUGGCUCUGUUUCAGUGUGUUUUGCCAAAAGAAGCAGCAAUUUAAAUACACAUGUGUACUCUCAACUGAUGUCAUUUUUUGCUCAGGUAUUAUACCUGAGUACAAAAGCUAUAGUCUUGAAGUGAUCUCUUUCGUUUCGUUGGCUUUACUGCUAAACACUGAAUGUGGGAGAAGUAAAUAAUUAAUCUGUUGAUUUCUUCCCCCCCCAAAAAAGGGUAGAGGACUGGGUUUUUUUUAAAGUAUGUCAUGUAACAUAUUUUGACUUAUACAAAAAUCAGAACAAAGUGUUCAUGCACUGAAAAACUAAAACUGAAUGCAACCACUUCAUUUUCAAGUGCAAAGGGAGAGGUCUUUCUGAGAUCUAGUGAGUACAUACUAAAUUAACUAUGGAUCACCAGAAACUUAUUGCCGUCUGGGUCCCUUUCUUCUUCUAAAAAAAAAGUAAUACAUUUCUUGCUUGAAUAUUUAAAAUGCUUUAAACCUCACACAGAUCUGUUGAAAAACGGGCAGAAUGUAAUGACAGUUCUUGUUUCGCAGUGAGCAGCUGUUAAUCAAACUGAUGUAACACUGUGAUAACCUAAAAUAUCAAGUGGGUGGGGCAAAGCAUGACUGUGAGUGUUGGUUUGCAUUAGCUGUUGAAACAGUUCGUGCCCCCCAGCCUCUCCUACCUUUAUUGUGAGAGUACCCGCCCCCCCCCCCCAAAAAAUGUGGCUUACAGUAAGUAUUGGAAUUAUUAUGCAGCUCAAAAAUAAACAAACACUGAUUUUGUAAAACCUUCAAACUGAGUAUGAGAAUUUUGGCAUACAAUUCUUUUACCUUUAGGCCCACAAUAUGAAAUUAGAACCUGGCAAAUGUCUGUUGCAUCCUUAAUUUUAACCAGGAACCAGAUUUUUCUAUUAGUCCAUUGCCGGCAAUGGGCACAGUAAAAUAGUCAUUGCCAAUUUUGUUAAGACUGUUUGUAACUAGCUUCUAUUACGUUUGAACUGUUCCCAUCUUCUGUAGCACAUGAAGAUCAUGAACAAUCUAGUCAGUUUCUUUAGAUAUUAUCAAUGUGAUUCUCUUAACCAUGGUUAACAUCCUUUUCCCUCCCCAGAGAGAAUUCCUCCCUCCUGCUGGUAACUGGGGUAAAGGAAUUCAUUAGCAUCAAUGUCAUUAUGGUUAAGGGUAACCAGCUUCCUCAGUUGAGUUUAUUGGGCCGCAAUCCUACACUCUUACCAGGGAGUAAGCCCAAUUGAACCCAGUGGGAUUUAUUUCUGAGUACACACAUAGGAUUCGAUUAAGGUGGAAAUGUGAGAUUUGCAGAUCAGAGGGUUGGGAGAAUGGAAUACCUGAUCCUGCAACCUGCCCAUAAUCUUCUAAAUGUGGUUAAGGGAAGGCCUUUGAUACAGCUGCAUGUGGUUUAUAUGACUGCCCCCCCUUUUUUUGCCUAAACCUUGGUACUUUUUUUUCACUGGUGUCUUUGUUAGACUUCAGCAGCAGUUAUUUUAGUCCUCUCUUAAAAGUUCUUCUUGUUGUUUUUUGCAACAUAAACCAGCUUUUAAGCCGCUACAAGCAACCACAGUAACUGUGAGGUAAACACCCUAUUUUUGUGGAAGAUGCAUACUGCUGCUACACUUUAUAAUUAUGUUAUGGGUUGUUUCAAAUUGUUUGAUUAUAAAUAUGCCCUCCCCCCCAGCCUUCAAUAACUUUAUGUACCAAGAGCAAUCCAAUUCAGGGACUACUCACAGUCUGUAAAGUUUAGAACAUAUACACAAAUAUUUUAAUGACAGGGGCUAUAAUUAGUUUUCCCCCUUUUUUUUAGCUUUAAGCAAAAUCGAGACUCCCCCCCCCCACACUUUGUUUCAGUUUUUUGUAGUCAACAUGCUGACUAAAAAAAAGUUUGUCUGGGCCUUAUUGUACAAAAAGUGUGUUGUGUCCACAAUUGUGUACAGAAAUUUUCCUUCCUUCAUUUUGUGUUUAAAUUAAUAAAAUUGAUUUGUGACAUAUUAAAGAGUUUUAUCUUGGAUGUAUUUGAUUUCUCCCAUCCCUUAAUACAUAUUUGCUCAUAUUACUGCUUAUAGUUGCCAGAGAUUUGCACCUGGAUGUAGGAAAGAAAAUUCAAGUUCAAAUAUCCACUUAUUUUUGAAGUUAAGCUACACACUAUCGGCAUAACCUACCUCACGGGUUCUUGUAAGGAAAAAUAUGCUGCUCUUGAGUUCCCUGGCUGAAAUUUAAGUUGCAAUAUUAACAAAGAAAAAAAUACGUUCUCAUAAUUCAGUCCCCAAAAGAAUUGUGCGCUUCAAAAUUAUUUUAUUUCAACUUCCCUUGGAGUUACAAAGGCCAACCCAAGCAUUUGUUGUGAGUCUCUUGGCAGAGUUGCACAAUAUCAAUAUAGAAAAGGGCCUGUUGAGGGCUAAGCUAGUCUCCUUAGAGUAGGAGAUUUGAUCAGGGCCUCAGCAAAAGAACUUAAGUGGUGGGCGGCAGGACUCAUGAGAGAAGGUGUUCCCUGAGAUAAUCAGGACCCAAGUCAAUUAGGACUUUAAAUGAAAAAGACAGCAUUUUGAACUGAGCCUGGA